UCAACCUUCGUUUUCAACUUCCUGUCGCCAAUCUUUUCUAUUUCACUAACUGCUUGUCUGGGACGUUGAAGUGGACAGACGGAGAGAAUACCACCGCUCUAGAUUAUAUUUUCUGUCUUUUCGCUCUUACGUUCGUUAUUUCGACAGCUUCCAUUAGCCAAGCGCAUACACAGGACACGGAGACGCGUGACACUACCAACUCAAGGGGCUGCGUACCGUAGUACGACUUUCGUUUUUGCUCUUUGUAUCGUCUCUUGUGUUUCGAGGAUUUUUAGCUCGGGCCAUCCUGCUCUGAAUCCUGCAUUUUGGCACUUUCCAGCCUGCUAGCUAAACGGAGAUACCUGGUGGUCGUUUAUGCUGCGGCUUAGUUAAAAUGGCAACCGAUGACAAGUCCUCUCCCACGCUAACACACGAUCCUACUGUCUCAGACUAUGUCGAUUCGGAAACGCGUCCUGUCGAUGUACACAGGCAUUUAGAGGUUCCUCAUGCCGCUGAUCGUCGUGGCUCGGAAGGCCACUUCCUGUCGCCAGCCGAAUCCCAGAACCAGGCCAAUAGGUUGGCUGAUGACCUGACCAUGCUUCAGGCUGAGCGUGCUGUUAGCAACGAGGAUUAUGAAAUACGUCGCUCACGAUCGCGGUUACGCACAACUACCGAGGGGGAAAAGGGGGAUGUCUUCAACCAACCUGCUCCGGCUCCCACAAUCGGCCAGUCACUCGAACCUCCCACUACGCUGAAGAAGGUUUAUGAUAUUAUCAGAAACCUGCCACGUAUCAUCAGAUAUUUUCUCUACAGCCUACCUAUAACAGCCAUCCUGCUGAUUCCUAUUUUCCUGGGCAUAUUUCUGGACCCAGGUUCUCAAGCUGUCAUUGGUGGACCUGGCGGUGUUCAUCUCCUCUGGUUCGGGAUCUGGCUCGAGGUUGUGUGGCUGUCACUCUGGUUGGCCAGAAUCGUUUGCUCAAUUAUGCCAUACGUCCUGGGACUCGGUGCUAAGAUCAGCGGUUCCGGAAAUUUUACGAAGUGGAAAGAUAUUGGCCGACAACUCGAGCUUCAUCUUGGCCUAUUCUUUUGGCUACUCGCCCUCCUCAUUUCGUUUCUUCCCAUUGUUAACAACCACAAAGUUGCUGCGCGAGUUCCAGAGGAGGCCGAUACACAAUUCCCUUACAUACGAUGGAUCGACAUAGUUAACAAAAUCAUCAUAGCGCUCUUCGUACUGGCAACUUUGAACUUUGUCGAGAAGAUCUUGAUUCAAUGGAUUGCUGCUUCUUUCCAUCAACGGACAUAUUCCAAUCGUAUCGAGGUGAACAAACAAAGUAUUGCAUAUCUUGUUUAUCUCUAUGAACAUUCAAAAGACCGAUUGGUUUCAGAAGAAGCAGUCAUGGGAGCCCAGCGUACCUCGGGGACCAGAACUCCCUUACAUCUUUUCACCAACAACGCACGAGAGGUUGCUACCAAGAUUGGUGACAUUACUAACCGAGUCGCGGGCGAUUUCACUGGCCGUCAGGUCAAACUGAGUAACCAUCCGCGUAAGGUGGUUUCUGAAUUGCUACGCAACUCUAAUACCGCCCAAGUCCUAGCUCGCCGGCUAUUCCGCACGUAUGCUAAGGAGAAUAGCGAUGUUCUGACACUUGCCGACUUGACCCAGGCAUUCCCGGAUAGCGACUACGCAGAGGCUGCAUUUAUGCUCUUUGAUCGUGACCUUAACGGUGAUGUUUCUCAGGAAGAGCUAGAAUCAUUCGUUGACGAGGUUCAUAGAGAGAAAAAGGCAAUUGCCGCAUCAGUAAAAGAUCUCGACUCGGUGAUUACGAAGCUCGAUCGAGUUUUCUUCGUCAUUAUCCUCAUUAUUGCUAUUAUCGUUUUUAUCUCGACAAUUUCACCUUAUACAUCCGCCGCGCUGGCUUCUGCAGGUUCCGCUGUUCUUGGUCUCGCCUGGGUUCUACAAGCUACAGCUCAGGAAUUUCUUCAGUCGAUUAUCUUUGUCUUCGUCAAGCAUCCAUUUGACGUGGGUGAUCGUGUUACAAUAUAUGGCAACACCGGACAAACCUUGCAGGGAGAUGAUUACUACGUUACUGAAAUUUCGCUGCUGUACACGGAAUUCAAAAAAAUGCAGGGUCAUAUUGUGCAGGCACCCAACUCUGUGCUGAACACUUUGUUCAUUUUGAAUCACAGACGAAGUGGGUCGCUGGCCGACGUAUUUACGCUUCAGAUCAGAUAUGGCACACCUGCAUCUGUGAUCACCGAGCUUACGGCUCGUAUGACUGAUUACGUUGAAAACAACAAACGAGACUUCACCAAUAAGAUCAUUACAGAGCUUGUUAGCUUUGAAGAAGCAUGUAGCAUGACGGUCAACUUCAUCUGCUUCCACAAAUCAAGUUUUCAAAAUGAGCUAUUGCGUCUCACUCGCCAUAACAAAUUUGCUAUCGAGAUGAUGGACCAGAUGGUGGCUCUGGGCAUUGAACAGCCGCGUAAGCAAUUCCAGGUUUCAGGCAGAGAUUUCCCCAUCUACCAGACCAACAUUGCCCCUCCGACAUAUCAAGAAGAAAAUCAACAACCGUCGGUCGACCCCGCCGUCCUUCACGCAUCGCGACGACGAGCCAACUCUCGGGCGGUUGACGCCAAUGAUAUGUUUCAAGAUGUAUUUGCAGCCCGCAGGCAACAGAACGGCACUAUCCCGUCCACGCAUCUACCGCCAUUGAUUCAUGAGGAGCCGCCAUCCGGUUCCAACACCGGUACACGGACUAGCUUAAGCGGCCUCGAGCGACCGCCCACCAAUGGAAGCUCCAGGGCUAGCAACCGAGGAUUAUUCAAUCGCUCAAUGGGAACCCUCCGACGGACCACUAAUCACCGCCAGUCAACAGAUUAUCCCUCUGACCCCUUAGAUAGAGACAUGGUGUGAUCGGAGACUAAAUCAACUCCC